UGGCUUCUCCUCCGUCAGCCUCCACCGGCGUGUCCCAGACUCUGACCCCUCAGAGUGUUCCUCGACAUCAGGAGGGAUCCGGUUGGCUGUCAGGGACCGUUUGCCCAGAGGUGGACACCCUGAGACAGAUGCUGUACGGAGGCACGGACACCAAAGAGGCCCGGGAAAAAGUCCUGCAGGAGAUUGUCAAGAUGAGAGUGAAGCAGGAGGAGAAGCUGGCAGCUGCUGUGCAAGCUAAACGCAGCCUUCAACAGGAAUUGGAGUUUGUGAGGGUGGCAAAGAAAGGCCGUCUUCGUGAGGCCAUUGAAGCCAAGCGCAACCUGCGGAAGGAGAUUGAACGCCUUCGCGUGGAUUGGGAGAGGAAGAUGAGGGACGCGGAGGAGUCCUGUGGGCGGCUGAAGAGAGAGUUGGAGAGGGAGAGACAGAUGCGAGUUUGUGACAAAGGCUGCGAGGCUGAACGUCUCCGGGUCAAGUACUCCACUCAGAUCGAGGAGUUGCAUGUGCAGCUACAGCAGGCAGAAGCUGACCGUGAGCAGCUGAGACAGGAGCUUCAGCAGGAGAGAGAAGCUCGGCAGAGCCUGGAGAGCGUCGUUAAAGACCUGCAAACCCAGCUGGCCCUGCAGGCCGACAGCGGCCCUCCCGGCGACCCCAAGGAAGCAAACACAGACGCACACAGACAGACCACACAACACACCAACGGAUCCUAAAGUUGCACAUUCAGAACUGGAGAAAGAGACUCAAUUAAAAAAAAAAGGAGCAUGGUUC